AUGGGCGCGCGUCAUGGCCUCCGGCGAGGCGGCCAAGCCGCCGCCGCCGCCUUCUCCGCAUGUCCCUUCCUCAUCGCCUUCGCCGUCCUCCUCGCCUUGCCGGGCCUCGCAGCCGCCGACACCCAUUACUACACGUUCAAAGUGCAAAUGACGAACGUGACACGGCUGUGCGUGACCAAGAGCAUCCCGACGGUGAACGGGCAGUUCCCGGGGCCGAAGCUGGUCGUGCGGGAAGGUGACCGACUCGUGGUCAAGGUUCACAACCACAUCAACUACAAUGUCUCGUUCCACUGGCACGGCGUCCAGCAGCUGCGCAACGGGUGGGCGGACGGGCCGGCGUACAUCACGCAGUGCCCGAUCCAGGGCGGGCAGAGCUACGUGUACGACUUCACCAUCACGGGGCAGCGCGGCACGCUGUGGUGGCACGCGCACUUCUCCUGGCUGCGCGUGCACCUCUACGGCCCGCUCGUCAUCCUCCCCAAGCGCGGCGAGGGCUACCCGUUCCCGCGCCCCUACAAGGAGGUGCCCAUCCUCUUCGGUGAAUGGUUCAAUGCGGACACGGAGGCCGUCAUCAACCAGGCCCUGCAAACUGGCGGCGGCCCAAACGUCUCCGAUGCCUACACCUUCAAUGGUCUUCCAGGCCCGACAUAUAACUGCUCGUCUAAAGACACGUACAAGCUGAAGGUAAAGCCCGGGAGGACGUACAUGCUCCGGCUCAUCAACUCCGCCCUCAACGACGAGCUCUUCUUCGGCAUCGCCAACCACACGCUCACCGUCGUCGAGGCGGACGCCAACUACGUCAAGCCAUUCACCGUGAACACGCUCGUCAUCUCGCCGGGGCAGACCAUGAACGUGCUCCUGACGACGCCCCCAAACCCCGCCUCCCCGGCCUACGCAAUGGCGGUCGCGCCCUACACCAACACGCAGGGCGCGUUCGACAACACCACCGCCACGGCCGUCCUCGAGUACGACGGCCCGACGCCCGUCGCCGCCACCAGCAACCUACCCCUGCCGGGCCUGCCGCUGUACAACGACACUGGCGCCGUGGCCAACUUCUCGCUCAACUUCCGCAGCCUGAACAGCGCGCGGUACCCGGCACGCGUGCCGGCGGCGGUGGACCGGCACCUGCUCUUCACCGUCGGGCUCGGCACGGACCCGUGCCCGUCCAACCAGACGUGCCAGGGCCCCAACGGCUCCAAGUUCGCGGCGUCCAUCAACAACAACUCCUUCUUCCGGCCCCGGACCGCGCUCCUGGAGGCGCACUACAGGCGCCGCUACGCCGGCGUGCUCCUCGCCGACUUCCCCACCACCCCGCCGCACCCGUUCAACUACACGGGCACCCCGCCCAACAACACGUUCGUGCAGCACGGCACGCGGGUGGUGCCGCUCUGCUUCAACACCUCCGUGGAGCUGGUGCUGCAGGGCACCAGCAUCCAGGGCGCCGAGAGCCACCCGCUGCACUUGCACGGCUACGACUUCUUCGUCGUCGGCCAGGGGUUCGGCAACUUCGACCCGGUGAACGACCCGCCCAAGUACAACCUCGCCGACCCCGUGGAGCGGAACACCAUCAGCGUGCCCACCGCCGGCUGGGUCGCCGUCCGCUUCCUCGCCGACAACCCGGGCGUGUGGCUGAUGCAUUGCCACUUCGACGUGCACCUGAGCUGGGGCCUGUCCAUGGCGUGGCUUGUCAACGACGGCCCGCUGCCGAAUCAGAAAAUGUUGCCCCCGCCAUCCGAUCUUCCAAAAUGCUGA